AUGGAGAGCCGCGGCCCAGACGUGGGGGCGGUGCUGGGCCACAGCGCCACGAUGCUGCGAUUGCAAGGCCUCUGGACCCCACCAGGGGGCGGCCGCACCGCUGCCACCGCCCUCGCUGCCGCUGUCUCGCUGGCACUCGCGUGCGGGCUGGUCACCAUGUCCCUCCUCAAGCUACUGAUGGAUCGUCCACGAGAACUCGAGGAGCUAGUCGCAUGCAUCUUCAAUGUGACAAUGCACGGCGAAAUGUUGAUCAAGGGGAUCACGAGCGUAACAGCGGUUAUUUGGGUGGCUUCCCCGCUGGUUCAUCUGGUCGUCAACAUGGACACUGAGGUCUCUUCCGGAAAUCCUCGGCCAUUGCCGCUGCCUGCCUGGUUACCACUCGACAUCUACGCAUCUCCCACAUAUGAGCUACUCUACAUGAUGCAAGUUCUGUGCCUAAUAGUCCCGUCUGUAGCCACUGUAUCCUCUGACUGCGUCUUUAUUGACCUGAUGCUGAGGGUUGCUGCCGAGUUAGAGAUUCUGAACGACAACAUUUCUGGUUUGCGUAAAAUGAAAGUUUCAGCAAAAUCCAACGAGUACAUGUCAAGCAGUUUGGCCUCCGAUUUUGAGGUGCAUCUACAGCUUUCGAAGAAUGUCAAGCACCACCAGGCAAUUCUUAGGUCCGUCGCUUUGCUAGAGGAAGGCAUGAGUACAGCAAUCUUCGUCCUGUUCCUGGCCAUGAUGGUCGGAAUAUGCACUGACAUCUUCGCUGCUGCAGUGGGAUUAUUUGUGACACCCCUGAUAGCAUUUUAA